AUGGGCAAUUUCUGCUUCUCCGGCUUUAUCCUAUUUCCUAAACCCCUCUCGCUGCGCUGUCACGAUCCGUCCCUACGCACCGCCGACAGCUCCGGGGACGAGGAAAUCGAUGCGAGUGAUGAUCCCAUCUCAGGGACCGAGGUCCGGAGCCACUUAUCUGGACGGAGUAACCACUCAAGUUGGCAGGCCCUUUGCGUGAACGACUUGGGCCUCCAGCCCGCCACGUGGGAUGUGCGGCUCAGAACAGCAGCGAGAAUCGAUCUCUGUCUUGCACGCAAGACAUGCCUCCUUUACCCAUUUCGAGACACGGAAGCAGACAGCCGAAGGACAAAGCAAGUCACCGCGCACACACACAUACUCAUGCCUCUCCGCCUCAAACUGCAAAUCCCUCCUGUACAUAUCGUCUCCACUGUGAAAUGCUCCGCAGAUGGGCUAGGCACAAUCGAGGCAGGCAUCCUAUCCCAGAGACAUCAACUACAAGGCCCUACACACUUAUCGAUCUAG